UUGCAAAUAUCUCAGUACUUCAUACGAGUUAAAUGGAUUGUCUUACGGAAAACUUUCAAUUUCGUCUUCUUAAGGAUCUGCGAAACGAAAUCCAUCAAAUUCUCACUUAUCCACUUUAACAGAAAUCACGCCACCUACAUUCCUUCGGGCUUUGAUAAUCUGCUGAUUAAUUCUUCACACAAUUACGAUCCUGCGUUUACGAUUUUUAACGCCAUUCUACGAUCUCGUCCCAACUCACCACGAGCACAUUUUGGCAGGGGUCGAGCUUACCAACUUAGAGGAGAACUGACUUCCAACGAUAUCGAGUUUACUCGUGCCAUACAAGAAUACGAAAAUGUUCUCCAAAACGAGGAAACACCGAGUGCACUGUUUCGCGAAGCAGCAUUGCGACUCAUCGAGUUAGCUAGCUUUCGUGGUGAUUUCUAUAGAUGUCUUUUAACUCACGGAAUGAAGUACAAAUUCAGAUUUCCGGAUGAAGUACAACAUCGAAUGAAUGUCGCACUAACAUUUAUUAAGAUGAAGAGGUUUAGAGAUGCAAAGAAAGUUCUUCACGAUAUCAUUGAGUACGACCAUUCUAAUGGUGUUGCACUGGCGUACUACGGAUACAUAAUUAAGGUUGUUGAUGAAGAUAACGUAGAACAGGGCGUGGCGAACAUGAAAAAGGGACUUCGUCUUAGCGGUGAUCAAAUCACUGACGCAAAGUUUUACUACCAUCUUGGGCAUGGUCUAAUGUUUCUAGGAAGAUCUUCCGAGGCGUAUGCUGUAUUUCAACAUGCCGCUUCACUUGGACUAUUCCUUUCGGCUCAACAAAGAUCUAUGUACAACAUAGAAGGACUUACUGGCAGAGCAUGGUGGAGCAGUGAGCAAACUGGAUACGCAAAGUAUCUCAAGGCAGUUGAACGUCAAUGGGUUUCUAUUCGUGCUGAAGCCACGCGUGUUCUACAAUCAGUACCCAAUUUAUGGAAGGAGGAAAACCCAACAAUUACUGUUGACGGACGAUGGAUAGCAUUUCCGCUAUUAGAAAACGGUUAUUUCAAUGUGAAGCACUGUGGAAUGGUACCACAAACCUGCUCUAUUCUGAGAGAAUUCCGCGAAAGCAGUAAUGCGAGCAGAUCUGAGAUGCGAUUUUCCGCGCUCUCCUCAGGAGCACAGAUUCUGCCACAUUGUGGUCCGACUAACAGCCGUCUACAGGCACAUCUUGGAUUGAUCGUACCGUCAGAAGCAAGAAUAAGGGUAGGCAACGAACAGCGUGGAUGGAAGACUGGCAAGUUCAUUAUAUUUGACGACUCCUUUGAACAUGAGCUACAAUUCGAUGGAGCAUCGUCUUCUUCCCUGCGUCUCAUCCUCCUCAUUGAUCUCUGGCAUCCAGAAGUCGAAUCGCGUCAGCGAUCGACUCCCAAGGAUGACUAA